AUGAAAAAGUUUAAGAGAAGGCUGUCUCUCACUCUUCGAGGCAGUCAGACCAUAGACGAAUCUCUGUCUGAAUUGGCAGAGCAAAUGACCAUUGAAGAAAACAGUAGUAAGGACAAUGAACCUAUUGUGAAGAAUGGCAGGCCUCCAACAUCUCAUAGUAUGCACUCCUUCCUCCAUCAAUACACAGGAUCCUUCAAGAAGCCACCACUGAGAAGACCCCACAGUGUUAUAGGUGGAAGCCUUGGCUCAUUUAUGGCAAUGCCCAGGAAUGGAAGCAGACUAGACAUUGUGCAUGAAAACCUGAAAAUGGGAUCUGACGGAGAAAGUGACCAGGCCUCGGGAACAUCAUCUGAUGAAGUCCAGUCACCAACAGGUGUUUGCCUCAGGAAUAGAGUACAUCGGAGAAUUUCAAUGGAGGACCUAAAUAAACGUCUGUCACUUCCGGCUGACAUCAGGAUACCAGAUGGGUAUUUGGAGAAGUUGCAGAUAAAUAGCCCACCCUUUGAUCAACCUAUGAGCAGGCGAUCACGGAGGGCAUCACUGUCUGAAAUUGGUUUUGGGAAGAUGGAAACCUAUGUCAAACUGGAGAAGCUUGGAGAGGGCACGUAUGCCACAGUUUUUAAAGGAAGGAGUAAACUGACCGAGAACCUUGUAGCAUUGAAAGAAAUUCGUUUGGAACAUGAAGAAGGUGCCCCUUGUACAGCCAUUAGAGAAGUUUCGUUAUUAAAGGACCUGAAGCAUGCAAACAUUGUCACAUUACAUGACAUUGUUCACACGGACAAAUCGUUGACUCUUGUUUUUGAAUAUCUGGACAAAGAUUUGAAGCAAUAUAUGGACGACUGUGGAAAUAUAAUGAGUAUACACAAUGUAAAGAUAUUUUUGUAUCAAAUUUUAAGGGGAUUAGCUUACUGUCACAAAAGAAAAGUUCUUCAUCGAGACUUAAAGCCACAAAACCUACUUAUCAAUGAGAAGGGGGAACUGAAGUUAGCUGAUUUUGGUUUGGCCAGAGCAAAAUCUGUUCCUACAAAAACCUAUUCCAAUGAGGUUGUCACAUUAUGGUACAGGCCGCCAGAUGUCCUCCUCGGGUCUUCUGAGUAUUCAACGCAAAUUGACAUGUGGGGUGUUGGAUGUAUAUUUUUUGAGAUGGCUUCUGGAAGACCUCUGUUUCCUGGGUCCACUGUAGAAGAUGAACUUCAUUUAAUUUUCAGGCUUCUAGGCACUCCAACAGAAGAAACCUGGUCAGGAAUUUCUUCAAAUGAUGAAUUCCGAAAUUACAACUUUCCCAAGUACAAACCUCAACCACUUAUUAAUCACGCACCAAGGUUAGAUUCUGAAGGAAUUGAGUUAUUAACACGAUUUCUACAGUAUGAAUCUAAGAAGCGGAUUUCAGCAGAAGAUGCUAUGAAACAUGCUUACUUCAGAAGUCUUGGAACAAAAAUGUAUAGCUUGCCAGAAAAUAUAUCAAUAUUCAGUCUUAAGGAUGUCCAGCUGCAGAAAGAUCCCGGCUUUCGAAAUUCUUCCUAUCCAGAGACAGGGCACGGCAAGAACAGACGACAGAGCAUGCUCUUUUAA